CAAAUAUAUUGAGGUCCACUAAUUUUCCAUUUCAAUUCCUAUGCAAUGCAUGAUCACGGUGCCCAAGUUCGAUCACUCGCUACUAGAGAGCAUUAUAUUAUCAUCAUUUUUUUAUAACGUCAAAAUAUUUAUUAUCAAUAUCAAAAAUGUUCCUUGUCGUUUUGUUUGUACGUUUUAUUCAAUAUUAAUCAACCAUAAACAACUGUAGUUAAUAUGUAUAUUCAACAAUCGGUAAAUUAAUGCUGACAAGUCGAUUGUUCGUCAUGCUUUAACAUAUCAGACUUAUGUUGAUGACAUUUGCGUGGGCGCUGACUCUGUAACUGAUGCAUUGGAUUUGCAAGCCAAGCUGAUUGCAGUACUGGGCAAUGCGCAGUUAGAGCUUAAAAAGUGGUCCUCUAAUACUUCCGCCAUUUUGUAUGCGGUUCCGGCGGACAGUCGUAUGACUGAACCAUUACCUUUCAAUACGGUCGAGGACUUAGGUACCAAGGUGUUAGGCCUGGAGUGGCGUCCUCAAAUAGAUUGUUUCGGAUGCAUUAAAUUAAGAUUUUUCACUGGUGUAUGUACACUAAGCGCGGGGUGUUGUCGCUAGUGGCUCGAAUUUUCGACCCACUCGGCUUAUUUGGUCCUAUAAUAUUUCGUGCUAAAUCUAUAAUGCAACAGACAUGGGUACGAGGGCUAGCAUGGGACGAUCCACUGCCCGAAGACAUUCAUCAAGACUGGUCCAAUUUCGUGUCAGAGUUGAGUCAUAUUACUUCUGUUAAGGUCCCUAGACACUUUGGGACGCGUUCCGCAGCUCCUUGUUAUUUAUUAGGUUUUGGUGAUGCAUCACAGCGCGGAUACGCGGCAGUUGUCUAUCUUUGUACCAUUAAUGAUCAUGGUGAACACUCAGUUUCCUUGGUUGGAACAAAGAAUAAAUUGGCGCCAUUGAAACCAUUGUCAGUUCCACGACUGGAGCUUAAUGCAGCACUUUUGCUUGUGCGCUGGUUGCUGCGCAUAAAAAACGUCCUAGAAUCAACAUUAGACAUUAUAGAUGUUUACACAUGGACGGAUUCGACCAUUGUGUUAACUUGGUUAACUGUACUUCAUGAAUGUUGUAAACAGUAUGUUUCUAACCGAUUACACCAGAUAAGCUCCAUCUUACCGAACUGUAAAUGGCGUCAUGUCGAUUCGGAAUAUAAUCCUGCAGACUGCGCCUCACGUGGGGUUAGACCGUUGGAAUUAGCCAAUCUUGAGCUAUAUUGGAAUGGUCCACCAUUCGUUUACUAA